AUGUCUUAAGUCCAUGGGAGUUCAUUAUUGAGCAAAGACAACCCAAAUAAGGCUCCUGAUCAUUUAGGGUCAAAUGUCUUUACAGACUUGCUAUCAUCUACAUUCUAUACAGUGAUUGGCUAUGUUUGCUUAGAUGUUGUAUUUGGGAUCAGCUUACAUUUUAUAGCUUAGCACAACGAUCCAAAUGCAGUCGCAGGUUUAGGGUUAGCAUUUACAACAGUGAAUGUGCUGUUGAUUCCUAUGGCUUUGGGAACAAAUUAAUCUUUGAAUGUGCAUUCAGCAUAGGCUUUGGGAGCUAAGAAGCCGAAGCUAGCUCAAAGUUAUUUUACAUUGACCGUAUUUAUCCAUUUGAUGUACUUCAUUCCAUUUUCAAUAAUAUUGAUUUUGAUAAAACCUUUGGUUGCUAAGACAAUUAAUGAAGAAGAUAGAGAUGCAACAUCAGAUGCCUCCCAGAUAUAUUUAUAUUAUUUAUUACCAUCUACAUUGUUUGCAAUAUUGUAUGAAUGCAUGAAAAGCUAUAUGAUAGCAAACAAGAUCUUUGCUGUCUUUAUGUUUAUACAGUUGGGUACAGCUGUUCUUCACACUUUGUGGUGUUAUUUGUUUAUUGACUAUCUAGAUAUUGGUGGUGGUAUUGCAGGAGCAGGAUUGGCUAUAAUAUGUACAGAGAUUCUUAAUUGUGUAUUUUGUCUAAUAGCUGUAUGUGCAACCAAAUACAAAAAGUAAGUCUUUAGUGGCUAUAAAUUUAAAUUCUCAAUGAAAAAACAAGAGAAGAAAUUGUUUCAAAGUUUCUUGAGGGAAUCAAUACCAAUUAUAGGUCAUAUAUAUGCAGAUUACUUUGUUUUCUUCUUAUUGAAUUUCAUAUCAGUAGGAUUUGGAUCUGAUGAAUUGAAUGCCUAAUUGGCAUUGUCCAACACAUCAAACUUUUACUAUAAAUUUCCCAUUUCUCUAUCUUUAGCAUUAAUGACAUUCGUUGGCAAUGAGAUGGGGGCUAAGAAUAUCAAGAGGGCCAAAAGAUAUUCAUGGGUAGGAGUCUUAUUAUUUAUUGGAUUUACAAUACUCUUCUUGAGUGCCUUGACAUUUUUCAAGUAAACAUGGGCUGAAUUCUAUUCUGCUGGGAGAUAAGAAAUCACAGAUCUGAUUUUGGAUGUAUAUCCUAUCUUUGUAUUUGGAUUCUUCGUUAUUGAUGGAUUAUAAGGAACUCUGACUGGAAUCUUAAAAGGAAUAGAAAGAAAGGAUUUUGUCACUUAUUCUACAUUGCUUGUCUACUACCUAAUUGGAAUACCUCUGGUUGUGUAUUUUGCUUAUGACUUCGGAUUAGGAAAGAAAGUCUAUGGAAUUUGGUUUGCUUUUGGUAUUGUCAAUGCGAUCUUAGCUGUCUUGUAUCUAAUCCUCACAUUUACAACUAAUUGGUCAGAUAUGAGUGUAAAGAUAUGUAAGAGAAUUGAAGAAUAGCACAAGAUGUAGAAUCUGAAUGAUCCACUUAAUAAAGACUUUGAAGAAAAACCUGAAAACUCUAAGAAAAAAAGAAAAUCCAAGGCAUCUAAAGUUAAGCCAUCCAAACAGAAAAGAGAUGAAAGCGAUGCUUCUUCCAGUGAUCAGAAAUAUCAAGUAAAAAGAAGACCCACAGGUUCUUCUGAUGAUGAAUAAUAAUACAGUUUACAAGCUACUGAACAAACAAAAGUCAUAAAAUAAGAGGUUGAUUCAGUGCCAAUCACUCCUUGA